AUGGAUGCACAAGAAUUUGAACGCCUCCUUGAUCUCUUUCCUGUUGUCCGUCCUCGUAAUUACCAUAUUGAGAUUGACCCAUCAAGACAAUCAACUUCUCGGUCAUUCCCGAACCCGCAGGUUGAGGCUUGGCAAGAAGCUGAAUGGGAGGAAGGUAAAAAGGAAAUCAGCAAUCAAGCUAUUGAUGCACAAGAUGCAUUCUGGGAGAAGCUAAAGUUGGCAGUUGAGAAGAAGGUGGGUGCAGCAGAGGCCAAGAGAUUUUGCAAGGCUUUCCAAGAAGUUCACCAAAAACUUGAUUUGGCCACUAGUUGUGAUGAUGAUAAUAGUGCUCUUGUUGAUGAUGUUAAAUUUCUAUUUAGAAAUUUAGCUUAA